GCAAGGGAGUGGCCACACUGGCUGGGCAUUAUUUUGAUUAGAAACUCGCAAAGAUGCGGAUUUUCUACGGAAUUGUAGCGUUCCUGGUGGCCAUCAGUCCCAGUACCAAGGCUAUCCAGGCGCGCAGCGACAAGGAGCAGCCGCAGACAGUGGUUUCUGGCACGGCAGUGCAGUCGGUGGUGCCCGUUCAGGCGCAACUUGGCUCCGGAAUGGGUCCCUCCUCCUCCUCAUCCUCCGCAUCAUCAUCUUCAUCGUCUUCGUCGUCCUCCUCCUCAUCCGGCGGAUCUGGAAACUCGGCGUUCAAUCCAUUAGGACCGAAUGUAAUGUGCUCAUUUCUGCCACGCGACUUUCUCGAUUGCAAAGAUCCGGUGGAUCAUCGGGAGAAUGCAACGGCGCUGCACGAAAAGAAACAUGGAUGCCUGAAGUUCGGAGGAUCCACCUACGAAGAGGUUGAACACGCCAAGGUGGUGUGCACUGUGUUUGCCGACAUCGAAUGCUACGGAGAACGCACCUUCCUGCGCGACGGAUUUCCCUGUGUCCGCUAUACGGAUCACUACUUUGUCACGACUCUAAUCUACAGCAUGCUCUUGGGAUUUCUUGGAAUGGAUCGCUUCUGUCUCGGCCAAACGGGCACUGCAGUCGGCAAACUCCUAACUAUGGGCGGUCUAGGUGUCUGGUGGAUCAUCGAUGUCAUCCUGUUGAUCACGAAUAAUUUGCUGCCCGAGGACGGCAGCAAUUGGAAUCCCUAUGUCUAGAUGUGUGAUACCUCUUAGCUCUAAAUAGUUUAGUAAGAUUGUUAGGUAAACCAAGUCAAAUUCUGUAUAGUAGAAUUUUACAUAUAUUUUUUUUUUAUAUUUUAAUGUGAGGUAAAGCCUUACACAUCCAUAACUCAAAAUCAUGAAAUGGAUUAUAUAUGUAUAAACGCAUAAACACAAAUACAAGUAGUUUGUACUUAUAGUUCUAGUUAACUUUAAGUUGUAAAAUGACUACUUUAAAUGUAUAUAUGUAAAUGUUCAAUGAAAUUUCCAUACAAGAGUCCAUAAAGCAAAUUUAUCCAUUCAAUAUUCCACCCAAUAAAAAUUAAAGAAAAUUCAUUAUUAUAUAGGUAA